AUGUCCCAGUUUCAGUAUCGUUGGGUCUUCGAGUAUCCUCACUUGGGCUUGAACAUGGUCUCCGAGUCUCCUCCUAAGCUCCACAAUCUUCAUGAGCCCAGUGAUGGUACCGGUCCCAAGAUUGACCCACAGGCCUGCUCCCAUGAAAUUGCUUCGGACAUAGAUACAGAUGAGGAAGACGAUUUCGAUGACUCGAAAGACGUGAAACAAGACGAUCCAGGAUCCGACAACAACCAACACAGUGGUCGCUGGCAUCCGCAUGCACUUCAUUUUCUCGCUCAGGUUCCUCAAAGUGACGACGACUGGUCCCACUACCUCAGUAGCAACAUCGAUGUCGGCUCCUUGUGCCAUCGUCUCAAGUUGCCCUACCUGUUCCCGGGCAUCCAGGCUCACCUUGAUUGGCCACGGUUCUUCAACGAAUGCACCUGGCAUCUUGCCCGAGCUUGCAACAAUCCCUCUCUUGGUUCCCUCUUCUCCCUCAUUUUCGUGGCUGCAUGCCAUGUGGCACUCGUCGAUGGCUGCCCACAAGAGGAGGUGUACAGAGGCCUGAGGGCCUGCGUGAGACAGUGCGGUAUCUUAGAGGAAGAAUUAACGCUACCCAUGUUAGACAGGAUAAGAGAGGGAGUUAUCACAGGCAUCGGGAUACUCAGAGAGUAUAGUAGAGUGGUUGGCUGUCGUGCAAAUGAAAUUCCUUUGCAUGCCCAGAACUGUCCCUAA